ACGUCAUCAGUCGCUCACUGGCCCGCGUAGAGGGUGCACGCAUUGUUCCCGCGCCCCGCACUAUUUAAUAAGAAUAAUAAACAUUAAUAGUUUAAUCCAUUAUCAAUUGAACAACGGUGUUAAAUAUACAAUUUGUGUUAUAAACCGUGUAAUUUGAUCGUCAGUGUGUGUUAAUUUAAACGAAAACGAGGAUUUUAUAUUUAUACAUGGUAUCGGGAAUCAUGCGAUCAACGCUAUCGGGGCAGCGCUCAUCUGAACACUAGUGACGUCACAUGAACGCGUUGUUGAUAGUUAAUCCUCGAGUAGUACGUGUAUAUCAGUGGCGCGAGUUGAGUAUCGACAGUUCGAUCUAGUGUGCAUCACUACGAGAUUCGAAUUCGAAUUUCUUGCCGCGUCCGAGCGGUAGCAAGAGUCGUAGCUGUGAAGUAGGACUCGCGUGUGCAGUGGACGUUAGAGAACAGUAAUGGCCAGCACCGGCAGUGAAAUUUGGCUGCAAUGGUUCGCGUGCUGCUACCAGCCCGCCGCGCAGGCGCAGCGCACGCGCCGGAGAAUAGACCGAUCCAUGAUCGGCGCGCCGACCAACUUUCAACACACAGGACACAUAGGUUCUACAGAUGUGGACAUCCCGUCGUCACUGCUACACACCAUGCAGAACCAAAUGCAGAGCAAGGGCGGCUACGAGAUGGCGUACGGCGUUAAGGUUUAUUGAUGCGCGCCAAACGCUCAAAAGGACGCUAGUGAUAAAUCUUAGUGAUUUUAAAAGCAGUGUACACAUGAUCUAAAUAGACUAUAUUUAUUAAUUAUUUACUUUUUAAGUGUAAACCAUAAGUUUUGUUGUGUAAAUAAGAAUGUAAAACCGAAUUCAGGAUAUUAGCGAGUUACCCAAAAUUUUUAUUUUUAGGUUAUAAUUAUUUACUCGUUCUUGUAUCGUAAACCAUCGUUCCUUUCAUCCUAUAAAUGUUAAGAAUUACUGAUAUGAUGACAAUUAUGAAUAUAGAUAACUAUAUAGUCUGUGGCUAACUGAAACCAUUGUCGACAUACCUACCUACUUGAAGUAAAUGCUUAUAAAAGAUUCAAUAUCCUAACCCACGCCCCCAAAUGGUCUAUAUUGACUAGGUGAAGAUUGAGAGCCUUUAGAGUUCAUAUAAAACUGACUAAGUCUGCAGUCAAUAUGGUUUUAGUUAGCCAUGAAUGAUCCCUUUCCUAUAAAUAAAUAAACUAUUAACCCCCAAUAUGACUGCAUUUAAAGCUCGCAUGCAUAAACACAACUCAAGAUGUAUUUGUGCAGAUUGUCGGCUAAAGACUUAUUCCCUAGUUCCUCGCUCAUAAGAGUGACAAUAUAACUAAAAAUAAAAACAAAUAAUCUUAUAAUACGCGCUCCAAAUGGUGCUAAUAUAUCGUGGGGUCAAUUUGUCCAAUCACAGUUGCUGUCAAAAAUUGUAUGUCCAAUAGUUUGACUCUAGCUAAUUCUCUAUUGGACAAAUCCCACGUGAUACUAACGCCCUCUGUUCAGCUAAAACACGGUAGCGUUCCGAUUGUCUUCAAUGAUGUAACAAACAUACAAUUUCUUAGACUGUAAACGUACUUAUGUAAUAAAGUGUCUUCUAUAUAGUGACUUAUAUACCUUACCUAUGUAAACUAUGUGCUUAUAUUGACAAUUUAUCAAUGUGUAAGUGAAACUGUGUUGAAAUUAUUUGAAUCAUCAUUUUCAGGACUUUACAGUCAAUGAACGGAAAUAUUAAUGUGUUUUGUAAUAAUAUUUACUGCUAAUAUGCAACUUUAAUUGUUGUUUACUACAUAUACUAAUUCUGUGCCAAUACAUGAGCUCAAAAUAAUUGCUCAGCGGUUUAUAUUUCACGAUUUUUUAGUCAUAACAUUGUAAUACUACUGCUAUGAUGCAACAAUGCUGAGACGACUCAAAAAUUUUUCAAUUGAUUCUACAAAGUUCUUUAAAAUGAUGAUUAAGUAAUUUUACGUGUCAAUAGAAUAUUUUUGACAUAUUUAAAACACUCUUUGCUCAUAAUAUAUUAAAAACCAUGUUCUCUAAUUAUCUUUAGAAAUGAGAGGUGGAAAAGUGUUAAACCUUAAAACAAAAUGUUGUAUUUAUUUGAUUUCUUUUGCUGUAUGUUAAAGGCGAUAUAACAAAACUCUUUUAUUAAAGUACAUAAUUAUAUUAUACUGUCUGUUACUUAUAUGUAGUGUAUGUAACAUACUUAGAUAUACACUAUCGUGGUAUUAUGUCUCACAUAUAGGCAAAUCUUAAAUUUUGUGAUUGUCUACGUAGUAAAUUCACGUUUUUCACUUAAUAAAUAUUGUAAUUACUAUGUACUUUGUUUGCCAGUUGAGUGUCUAAAAAGAGUUUUUAAAGUUUUUAUCUUUAACUUAUUUAGAGGUAUCGAUAUUUCCUCUUUGAAAAGUUUGAACUUAUAAUUAAGUACAUAGAUGUCACUUUACACAAUAUGUUUUUCAAUUUAAACGUGUGUUUGUAUGCAUUUUUUUAAAUAUUACAUUUGUUCAAGGUAUCUAUUGAUCUAUCGCCCUAUUUGUUUCUAUGAAGUGCCCAAUAACUACCCUUAAUACUUCUAUUCUGCUAUUAGGUACUUCGGCAGAUAAAAAUUUUCUGUAGUCAAUUUUAUUCUGUCAAAUAUAUUUUUUAGAAUUUCGAUUUAUUGAUAUGCACAUGUAUGUAGUCAAUUAAGGAUACGAAUUUUGUGCAUUUUGUAUAUUUACUACAUUAUGCUGACGUGGUUAGAAAAAAUAUAUAAAAAUUAUGCCAAAAUGGGUAUAAUGACGUCACUAUACUCUGACAAAAGCUACAAAAUUGCAUUUGCGCCCUUUUUCUUACCACGCCAGCUGAUCAAUGUGUUUGUUUGAAACGUCUCAUAAUUAAUUUUAAGUCUUAAUUUAAUUACUUUUCUAAUCAUUAGUGGUUAAUAGGUUUACAAGUCAAUUUUUGUCCUGAAAAGUCUUCUUGCCCGAACGGUUUUGGGCAAACGAAUGACUGAAACAUUGUUCGCGUGGAGACUGAACCUGAAUAUAUAUUAUAUUUAUAAAUAUACAUUCAAUAUUAUAUAUAAUUAUUGUCAUAGAACCCGUCGUCAGUGUUGAAGCCAAAAAAGAGCGAUAUAAUCUGUAUUUGAUGUGCUGUGUUGCCAGUCCAAUUAUUUAUUUAAUUAAUUGCCUUACAACACUCCAAAUAACAGAAUAUGUCGUUCAAUAUGAUUAAAAUAAUAAUUUUGUCAUUUUUUAGUUAAAACGACAAAGUUUUGUUAUAAAGCAUUGGUAGUUAUAUACGUAGGUAAAUGAAAUAUUUGUAAUGUCCAUUUAAUAACUCGUUCUAUAUAAAAAGAAUUACAAAAGA